UUGGCCAAUGCACCGAGCCGGACAUGUUUCACCGACGCACUAGUUCAAAGACUCAACGUUUGAAAUGGCUGUCACCCUACAUACAGGUCUAGGAGAAAUUAAAAUCGAAUUGUUUUGUGAGCGGGCUCCUAAAACAUGUGAGAACUUCCUUGCUCUGUGUGCCAGUGGGUUCUACGCUGGCUCCGUCUUCCACCGCAAUAUUAAAGGCUUCAUGGUUCAAACCGGAGAUCCUACAGGCACCGGCAAAGGAGGAACAAGUAUAUGGGGUCGCAAAUAUGAAGACGAGUUCAGUGAGCACCUAAAACAUAAUGUAAGAGGAGUGGUCUCGAUGGCAAACAAUGGCCCCAACACAAACGGCUCCCAGUUCUUCUUCACAUAUGCCAAACAGCCUCAUCUGGACAUGAAGUACACAGUGUUUGGAAAGAUUAUCGAUGGCCUGGAGACGCUGGAUGAGCUGGAGAAACUUCCUGUCAAUGAGAAGACGUUCCGGCCGCUGACGGAAAUCCGGAUAAAGGAUGUGACGAUUCAUGCCAACCCCUUUGCCGGAUAGACCGUCUCCUCUUCAAACAGUCCUUUGACACAGACGUGGACUCUGGCAUUUCCAAUAAGCCUUUUGAUUCAGUGUAGAGUACCUUUACAAAGUUAAAAUAGAUGACUUGUCAGAGGAUGGACAUUAAAUAGAAAACCCACAGAUGACGACAAUAAACACAUGGACUCUGAAAUGAACGAUCACAUUUUUGUUCCAUCAUUUUCAGUACGGCUUUGCACAUUAAUGCUAAAUUCAUGUGUACGCUUUCCCAGUUCUAACUUGUUAUGCUUAUUGUUUGAUGACAUUAUUUGCAUUUUAAUUAAAGUUUAAUGUGUUCUAUUUUGUCCAAAAGCACCACACGUCGGACUCGGUAGAGCACUGCGAUCUGGUCUUUUUUCAUAUUGUUUCAUGAUGUUGCAAUGUAAAUAUAUUGUCAAUACUAAAUAAAACGUUUGUAAAUAAUGUA